AUGUGCCGUUCCCUGCAGCGCGGGCGCUUCCACGCGGCCGCCGCCGUCCUCGGCCGGAAAACCGGGGCCGAGCACCGGUGGCUGGAGCGGCACUUGAAGGAUCCCUUCGUGAAGGCGACGAAGCAGCAGAACUACCGCUGCCGAAGUGCCUUCAAGUUACUGGAGAUGGAUGACAAGCUGCGUAUCCUGCGGCCCGGGCUCUCUGUGCUGGACUGCGGAGCGGCCCCCGGUGCCUGGAGCCAGGUUGCUGUGGAGAGGGUCAAUGCCCUGGGUGCCGAUCCUACUGUCCCUACUGGUUUUGUCCUUGGAAUUGAUCUUCAGCACAUUUCCCCGCUGGCCGGAGCAGUCUUCCUGUCGGAGGCCGACGUUGCAGACCCAGCCACGCUUAGGACAAUUCUCAGCCUGCUUCCUGCAGGGAAGGUGGAUGUUAUCCUGAGUGACAUGGCACCUAAUCCGACAGGCAUCAGAGAACUGGAUCAUCAGAAGUUGAUCAAGUUAUGCUUGGGCCUUCUGGAUCUCUCCCAAAGUGUUUUAAAGCCCAAAGGAACCCUGCUCUGUAAAUUCUGGGAUGGGCAGGACUCCCGUCUUCUUCAAGGGAGACUGAAGGAGCAGUUUCAAGAUGUGAGAACUGUAAAGCCUCAGGCCAGCCGGAAGGACUCUGCUGAAUCUUACUACUUGGCAAGACUGUACAAAGGGAAAUGAGAGCUGAGAACUGCAGAUCAUCGAAUUGGAGAUCAGGCACUGGUUGGAAAUUUUUACUUGCAACGUAU